AUGUAUCGCAGAGUGGAAAGUCACGUUAAAGUUCUGAUUCUGCGGAUUGAGCACCUCCACAGCCGCCUAACGGACUCCGGACCCGCGUCAAACUGGUUUGUAUCAGUCGGAGAGGCAAUUCACCUGGCACGGGAUUUUGGAUAUGUCUGUGAGACAGAGUUUCCUGCGCGCCAAGUAGCUGAGUACCUGAGUAGACAACAUACGUCAGACCCCACCGAAUCCUACAGGCGAAAGGAGCUCAUCCACGCCACCAAGCAAGUGACCAAGGAACUGAUGGACCUAUUGAACCAGGAUAGGUCCCCAUUGUGCAAUACCCGGCCUCAACACAUCCUGGAGCCUAGUAUCCAGCGACAUCUUACCCACUUCUCCCUCAUAUCACAUGGGUUUGGCAGCCCAGCCAUCGUUGCAGCCCUCACUGCCAUACAGAACUUCCUGUCUGAGUCACUGAAGCACCUGGAGAAGAUGUAUCCAUCGGGGAACAGUCUCUCGGUGAGCUCGUCACAGAGUGGUGUCUUGUCUGAUACGAAGCCCAAAGACUUAGGGAAUGAGCUGAAGAAGUGAGGAUGGUUCCGGCGGGGCUUGGAGGCCCCCCCUACGACCCCUCUGCCAUCCCACACCCCCAUUACGGCCAUCCGCCACUCCUGGCCGUACAACUAGUGCCAUAAGGGAUGUUAUCGUAAUCGUAGCAAUCAAAAUAGUCUUCCAAAGUCAGCGGGAGUCGGUCGAAAUCGACGACGUCACAGAUUGGAAAUCCGCUUUCGUCAUAAAUUAUCUCAUCGUGUAGUUCUUGUUUCUGUGUCAAUAAUGUGCUCUCUCAUUUAAUAAUUGCAUUUUUAGACGUUUAUCCGUUUCCUUUCUACCACAUCGAUUUUUCACUUACUUUCCUCAAGAUGUUUUUGUGAAAAUUGUGUUUAAUUAAAAAUUUCACAACCUGACUAAUAAAGGUGUGCCAUAUAAGUUUUAAAUAUUUUAUUAUGGAUUUAGAAGUUUGGGCUUAUACUGGAUAGUUCGGGAAGGAUCUUUGUGACAGAGUGUAGAGCUAAGCUGUUUCAAAAACCCACCUAAUACCAAAUUACAUGUGGGUAUAUAAAUAAUGAAACACAUAAUAACUUAGUACAAAUAACUGAUCUUCGUUUAAAGAGCUCUAAUUUUUGCUUGUUAUUAUGGAACAAAAUCUUUUCCAUUCAAAUGCAAAUGUGUGACAUGGAACAAAGAUUAAUUUACUGUAUUUAAGCUCACUAAUUUAAGAUGAAUUGUUACAAAUCAUAAAUAAAAACUAACAAAACUGGAAUUUUACAUUCCUUCUGUGAAAUUAGAUUACCUGUAAGGUAAUGAAAUGUUACUGUAUUUAAAUCUAUACAGAGUCAAAAAUUACUGUAGAUUAAGUACAGUAUUGUAUGCAUUUAAUAUAUGACUAUAUUAGUCAUUGUGUAAGGUUUGCCCACUUAAAUACUCGAUAAAUACUCAAGGACUUUUCCUACUAUUUGUAUGUAUUGUAUGUAUAUUAUAUCUGUGCCAACCAUGUACAAAGUAUCAAAUUGUAAAAACAUGACUUCAUUUUAGGUAAGUGUUUAGUGUGAAUUAUAGAUUUUAAUAGAAAUGUAAUAUAUUAUUAUAUUGGUUUGUUGUGUAGUGGAUUUUCUCUUGUAAUAAAAAUUAUUUCAUCGUUUCAUUUGUAGCAUAUUUUUCAAGUUGCUAAAUUCUGUGUGAUUGCUAAUUUUUAAAUAUUAAAUCAAUCGACAAAUUCAAUAGUUGUAUUUCCACACUUUAAAUUGGUUAUAAAAAAAAAAACUUCUUUAAUUCUAAUUUUGGUUGACUCUUCAAAACUAUGACACAUUGAAGAAAAUCAACACUUUCAUCAGUAUCCAUCUCCCAAUUAUUUCUAAUUUCAAAAAUAUCCUAUAUAAUUGUGUUACUUGUUAUAGUUAACUAAUUACUAAUUAAGUCAAUUACAUUUCUUUGAACAUACUUCAACAAAGAUUUGAAGACAUUUCAGAAGCACUAUUGUGCGUAAAAAAACAACAGUUAUUUUUAUACAUUUUUAAAAAUUCAAUUGUCUUUAAAGUCUUAUUUAUGUCUGAACCUUAAAUGCUAAAUUAAUAAACUUUUCUGAGAAAAUAUUAUUUGCUAAAAAUUACCCUUAUUAUUUAUUAUUAUCUUUUAUUAUUAUUUAUAUAAAAAGACAAAAUAAGCAUAUCUUUUGUAAUUGUACCAUCUAAAAGAGUUUUUGUUAACUUUACCACACACUGGUUUCAACUAUAUAAUUUGUUUAUUAAUCAUUCUCUAAGAAACAGGAUAUUUUUUAGAAAGUUGAAAUUCAGUAAGUAUAUUUGUUUAUGUAUUUAGGAAUAACUUUCAACACAACAUCAGUGUUAUUUCUAAGCAUGUAUAAACAAAAUUGUAUUUAUGUUUAUUUCGGCUUACUAUUUUACACAUAUAGUAUCUAGUGAGAUAUUUAUCAAAAUAGAAGGAAACAUUUGAGGGCUGUGUUAAAAAGAUUGCAAAUUGAUUAAAGUGUAAGAUUUAAAAACAAUUUAAUUUUUUAGAUGUAUAAUAUAUAAUAAUUUCCACUUUGACUAAUUUCUAUUUGCUUUGUGAAAACUUAAAACUUGAGUUUAUUUUUAUAAAUAUGAUUUAUCAUAUUUAUGGUGUAAUAUUUAACCUAAAAAUAUGGGUUUACGAUACCAUCAAAUAAUUUAUGAAUGCUCUAAAGUAAAACAAAGUUUCAUUGAAGCCAAUAUCUCAGAGACAGUCUUAUAAAAACAUCUUGUAUUUAUGCAAUUAAUAGUCUUUCCGGCUCAGUUGGAAGAAGUGGGUAGAUUUUGUGACAACUGAUAUAUUAUUAAUUUUUUCUCAUGGGAUUUACAUGUACUCUAUAUCUCAAAAAUGUAUUGUGAUACACAAAAAUAGCCCAUAACAAAAUUGUUAUAAGCAUUACAGAAUCGUUUUAUUUUUUUCUCUAGGAUCAUAAAUAACAGAGAAUUUAUGUCUCUUUGAAUUUGUGUCCCAUUUGUUAGAAAGGUUAAAAAAACAGAAACCAUUUUUAAUAGUUAUGACAAACUUAAAUUGUAGUUGUAAUACUAUGUUUCUCUAUAAUAAAAAAGGUAUUCAGAUAACAUUGAAUUUUGCAUGAAUAAUAUUUAAUUGGUUACUUCCUCUAUAAUACAUAAAGAAUAAUUUUGUGGUUUAAAAUUACAUUUUGGUUUGCAACGGAUUUUCUACUCUAUUUUAGGCUCUCUUGAGCCAAAAUAGUUUUAAGUUGAAAAAUAGAUAGCCAUAAGGGUACGUGAUAAGUCAUUGAAUAGAUUUUUCCAAAAUGCUAAACAGCUACAGUUACUGAACAAUAAACAAUAAUUGUUUUGUUUAUGAAAAUGUAGUUUUUUUACCUAAAAUAAAAAUUUAUAUUUCUAAUUAUCUGAAUUUUUGGUUUGAUUGAAUUGUUAUUUCUUACAAUCCAUUAUAUUCUUAAAAAUUAGACAAACAACAAAUCUCUCUAAAAAUAGUCAUUCUAAAAUGUAAAAACAUGAAACUUUUGUACCGUUUAAAUCAAAUUGAUAACUUGAUCUAAUUCAGCCUUUAAGUGUAUUUUGUUACAUCUCUAGAAAAAUUUUUGAAAUAGUUUUUUUAUUUAUAAUUAUUUAAACCCAAUAUAUUGAUUUAUAUAUAAAAACUAUGUAUUUUCCCCUAUGUGCUUUUAAUUGGUUUUAACCAUUUUUACAACUGUCGCCAAUUUAUAGCCUAUUUAAUGUUUUGAAAUGGAAUUCACUACGUAGAAAUAAUUUUUGUAAUCAUAUUUAAUUUCAACUCCAUAAGAAAACAGUUUAAAAGCCUAGGAGGACAUACGUCCCUACCUAGAUCUUUUGGAAAUCUUUGGUAACAAGGACAUGGCAAAGCAGAAGCAUACCUUUAGGGUGGGAGGGGGAGAGUGUGCAAGUUAAUAUGGGGGUUAAUCUCCUCCAAACAUCUGUAGACCUUAUCAGUAUUUUCAAUCAGAUAAACAAAACCCUGUCAAAAUUGUAACAAUACAUUAACACACAUAUCUACACAUACAUAUUAAUAUUUUGUAUACCUUAAAUUAUCCUCACCCCUCCUCAAAAUUAAUUCCUGGGUAUGCUGCUGUGCAAACUACAAUGUUUUCAGUAUGUGUAUGUGAAAAGAGAAAGUUUAUAUUGUAUCUUGCCAUUUAUCUAGUUAUCUGUAAAAUCUUUGUUUGUUUCAUAAACAGUUUAAGUUUUUAAUCUAAACUUCUUUGCACUAUAUUGAGUUUAGUAAUCUGUAAGAUUUGUAAGAUCUAAAUUCCAUGACUUUUUAAGUGCUAGAUUGAUUUUAUAUGGUUGUGUUUUAUUAUUAUAAGUAUUACUAAGGUUUGAUUAUAGACCCGCUCAGUUAACUAAUAUUUUGAAAGAUACUUUUGCAGUGCUUUGUCAUUUCAUUGUUAAAAUAUUUUCAGCAAUAGUUUAAAAUGCUAUUUUAGGACAGUUUUUAUUCAAAUUUUUAAAAGUUGUUUAAGUUUUACGUUAAAAAAAAUCAUAGUUGCAAGAUAAGUAACACAAUGCCCAUAUAGAAGAUAAAGAGUUCUCACUAGAAUACAUUUGCUUUGUUUUUAACAUUGUUUAAAGAUAUUUUUUGACUUCUAAUAUGAAGUUGCCCUUUCUAACAAACAACCACUCACAUCAUUUUUACUCAUAAUAUUUACAAUACUACAAAGAUCCUUGUUGUAUUAUAAUAAAAAUCAUUCAGAUCUAGAAACCUGCACAAAUCAGCCUUUGGACAUGACUCUGUUGACAUUGUCAUUAUAAUAUGUGCUGUUUUACGUUAAUAUAUCAAGGACAACAUUUCUAGAAUGUUUGGUUAUUAAUAAUUAAGUAUGAAAUUAGUUCUUUAAUGGUUUCAAAAUGUAUUUCUAGAAGCCCUGGAGAAUGCAGUCUGACAUUUAAAAUAAUGUUUUACAUGGUUAUAUCAAUUAAAAUCUUGUAUUCAGAAUUUGUAUUCAAUUAAAAUGUAUGUAUGUAUGUAAACAAUGCUAUAGAUAACUGUACAAUGGAAGUAAUUAAGUACAAUUUUUAAAAGUUUUGCUUUAAAUUAUAGUAUUUGAAAAAGGAAUCAAAUAAUUUUUAUUUUGUUGUUAACAAUUCCAUACACCUGAAUAGUUAUAUGUACUGGAGUCAUGCUAAAAGAGAAUAACUUGUUGCUAAUAAAAAAGAAAGAGAGCAAUGAAUAUAUGGCUUUCAGUUUUUUUUUUAUAAAAAACUUAGUUUAUUAUUUUUUAUUUGUCAAACUAACAAAUUUAUGCUCUCAAUCUAGUUCAGAAUUGACAUAAACAAAUUUUCUUGACAAUAAAGUUUAGAUUAUUAAUAGUAGAAUGUGCAGAAAGUAUGUUUUACAUAAUAUCUCUAAUUCUAAAUCUAAAUAAUAAUUACGAUGAAUUACAAUAACAUUUGAAGCAAGAUUUAUGUACCUAGUGAAAAGAUGAAAGCUGAAAUAAUUUAAGUACCGUAAUGAAAUGUUGUAAGAGUUCUAUUACAUUAUUAUAAAAUUUACAUUAUUCAUUUAAUAAUAUCUGUAAACAAAACUGAGCGUGUUGUAUACUCAGAAGGUUGUCUCAUGAAUAUUUUUUUUUAUACUGGGUGUAAAUAUAUAUUUGUAUAAUUUUACCAUAUCUGGUUAACGUCUUGCCAUUCGUUCACGCUUGUACAUUAAUUGUGAUAUCUCAGUUUGUAUUGUAUUAUUGUUAUGUUACUUGAAUGCUCAAUCCAGUCCAUGUUGUUACUGUUCGUUUAAUGGGAGAUUAUAAAUAAUGUAGCAAAAAUUGCCUUUUUUCUGUACCUCAUCAUUCAUUUCUGUCAUCUUUUAGUGUAAAUAAAAUGAAUUACAAGGAA